AAGAAGAGGAAGGAAACUAAACUCCUCUGCGUCACUUCCACCCUCAGAGUCGAUGCUCUGCAGCGUUUCAUUGCAACACAGCAGCUUCUCCUGAGCCAAACAGUUAAAGAGAGAAGCAGCGAUGAGUUUUUCUGCAGCAGCAGCAACUGGGUUUGUUGUCCUGUUCCUCUCUGUGACAGUGGGAGAAGAUGAACCUGCCUGGUCAGUUAAAUAUGAUCCAUCUCAGAUCUGUGCCUUUAGAGGAUCAACAGUGACGAUAAAAUGCUCCUAUAAAUAUCCAUCUAGAAUACAAGGAAUAAAAACAGAAGUUAAAAAUAAAAUCUGGUUCACUAAAGGAAAUAAUCUAGUCCCUUUGGAUCUGAUGAACGACUCUGACUAUAAAGAUCGAAUAACUUAUAACGUUACAAAGAGCAGCAGCAGCAGCUUUCUGACAAUCAAAGAUCUGAAACAAAGAGACUCAGCAAAGUACAAGUUCAGGUUCAUAACAAACCAACCAGGUGGAGCAUUUACUGGUUCACCUGGAGUCACCUUGACUGUUCUAGAUCCAGACCUCAGAGUUCAGGUCAGAAGAUCAGAGACGCAGACGGAGCUGAAGUGUGAAAGCAGCUGUGACCAAAUCAAACCUCCUUCAUAUGUUUGGUUCAACAAAGAGGAGAAAAUGGAGCAACAGACUUCUUCUAUAGUCGUCUCAGUCAGAGAUGGAGGCAGAUAUUCCUGUUCUGUUAAAGGACACGACGAUCUCCGCUCUCCCUCUGUGUAUGCUCCAGAGUCUCUCUCUGCUAAACUGAUGUCCUCUGGUCAGAUAACUGAGGGACGUUCAGUGACUCUGAGCUGCAGCAGUGAUGCUAACCCAGCAGCUAAAUACACCUGGAGGAAGAAGAACAACCAAUCAGUUGUCAGUACAGACCAACAGUUUGUCCUCAGCUCCAUCCUGUCCUCAGACUCUGGACAGUAUUACUGCACAGCUCAGAACCAGCUGGGAGAGAAAACAUCUGGACUCGUCUCUGUCCAGGUCACAUAUGCUCCCAGGCCUCCCUCUGUGUCAGUGACUCCCUCUGGUGAAAUCAUGGAGGGCAGCCUGGUGACUCUGAGCUGCAGCAGUGAUGCUAACCCAGCAGCUAACUAUAGCUGGUACAAGGAGGGAGAGGAGGCGCCAAAAGCUUCAGGACAAAACUUCACCAUCACUAACAUUUUGUUCAAGCAGAGAGGAAACUAUUACUGUGAAGCUCAGAACAGCAGAGGGCGCUGUAACUCCACUGUGACCGUGAACGUUGUGGCAGCACCAAGGAACCGAGUCGCUGCUGCUGCUGCUGCUGUUUCUGCUGUUCUCCUGAUUCUCAUCCUCAUCUGCCUCCUUGUGUGGCUCAUCAGAAAAACCAAAGUGUGGAAGCAGCAGUCCAGACCUGGAGCAGGACCAGUUCCCAGUGAACAGGUGAACCCAGCAGAGGAAAGUGUUGCCUACUCUGUUGUCCACUUAGCAACGAAACAGGAAGAGCCUCUUUACUGCAACACGGUCCAACUUGGUCCAACUCGGCCCAAGAGACACAAGAAGAGGAAGGAAGAAGAGACGGUGGAGUAUGCCUCUGUUAACUGUGGCAGAACCAGGACUGAUGCAAGAACCGAGUCUGAAAAGCAGGACAGUGUGGAGGAUCCAGCUGCCUUGUACAGCAAAGUCAACAAACCAGGAAAGAACAGCAGAGAAACUCCUGCUGGUUUCUAAAUGACUUUUACUUUGAUUCUCCAUCAGUUUAUCCAGAGAAACUCCUGCUGGUGCAGAAAUUAUAAAGCACUUUUUGUUUCUCUCUUGCUUUUCUUUUAUUUGUUUGCAUUUCCUCUAAUUCAUGUAAAGACCUUUGAAUUGACUUGUUGAUGAAAAUGUUCUAUAUCAAUAAAAUGACGUUUUGUGAAAAU